AUGAGUGAUUUUGAUCUUCAUUCUCGUCCGUUCUUCCAUUUUAUCUUCUACUCACAGUUAGCCGAAUACGAAGAAUUGGAAAAGUCACUUCGCGAGGCACUAUCCCGAGUUUCCCAGCGAGAGCGUCAACUGGCUGCUGGCGAAAUCGAAUUAGUUCGACUUCGUAAUGAGACUAUGCAAGAGAUAGAUUCGAAACGGCGAGAACUAAAUGCGGUCGGACAGCGCACAGCAAGGGAGGCAGAGCAACGCAUCCGCCUUGAGCGGGAGCAGAGGGAUUAUUGGAAAAACAUGGCUGACGAAUGGCAUCAAAAGUGCAUCCAGCUAGAAAAAGAGCCACCAAAGCGUGGGCCCGUACGGUCGAGCUCCGCAAGCCGAGGACUCAGCACCGGGUCGCCUGUUGACGCUACUUGUCCAGACGAGAACCAGAAGUCUGUUAUUACAACCAACAACGAAUCCAAUCCAAGCACUGUCCAGCUCCAGGUCGAACUAGCGCGGCUUUCGGGUCAACUGGUCGCAUGCGAGGAGCGUGUAGCUAAUACAGAGCAUCGACUAGCCGAAGCUAACUCUGGUAGGUUGCGCUACCGUAGGUUAUGGAUGCGUGCC